GGGCCUAAUUAAAUCAUGUCCAAAAAUAAUCAUGUCCAUCCAGUUCAUCAAAAUCAGAUAGAAACUCUCACGAAACCUAAAAUCAGAGCGCGGCGCCGGCGCCGGCGCCGGCGCGUUUCUCCUUGUGGGCAUGGCUUUCCGCUUGGCUCUAUCCGCUGCUCGACGCCUUCCUCUAUGCAAUUGCAGCCUCGUUCGAUCUACCAUUUACUAUUCAGUGCCCAGAUCUCAAUUCGUGUCCAGAGUGGUAGAUAGUGCGAGAAUCGUCGAUACGUGGAACGAUGGAACUCAAUUUGGUUACAAGACAGAAUUUACAUCGGCGGGCAUCUACUCUGAGCCUGAGCGUAAGCCUGAUAUUUUUGUCCACUAUCCUAACAAAAAUAGAGACGAUGAUCUCUGUGGACAUUUUGGUGCAUAUUUCGUUGAAGAGGAUGGCACCCUCACCAUGUCACCCAAAUAUAACAUAUAUCCUCCCUCUUUUCUACUGGAACGUUAUUUCUUCAUGACUACUUGUUAUGCUCUAUUCUAUUUUCAUAGUCCGACGCUGGGUCAUGCUCUUUGGAACCCUACAACGUGCGAGUAUAAGCUCCUCCCAGUUCCCUAUGCCGAAUCCCCACCUUGCCCUAUAUACGAAUUUGUAGCAUGUGGAAUGUGGUAUUACAAUAGAUUAGGAGAUUGCAAAGUGGUGAAUCUUGUUCGUGCUUAUUUGGAAGAUGAAAGAGGCUAUUUAAUUCCUGCGGCUUAUCACAUCGAAUUGUAUUCAAUCAAAACUAAUUCUUGGAAGAGAAUACCAUGCCAAGGGUGGCCUCGUUCUCUUCAUCAAACUAGUCAUGCUUACAUAUCGGGGAUUUUGUACUGUGUUACAUAUCAUGUUAUCCUUUCGUUCAACACUUCUACUGAAACCUUCUCCAGCUUACCCUUACCUGAUCAAUGGUUCUACGGUGGUCACAUUCUAGAGUAUAAAGGGUUUUUAAGUGCUCUUGUAUCGACGCAACAUGGUAAUUAUCAAUUGUGGACUAUGAGAUGUAGAUUUAGAUUGUGGAGUAGAGAAAUUGUUUUUGAUAUUCCUACCUACAAGCCGUUCUGCUUUUCAAAUGAUGGUAAGCUAUUGUAUUUAGAAAGCUCGCUUCAUGGGCUAUUCAUGUUCGAUUGUGUCACUAGAAAGUUGAAGCAUCUUGGUGUCAAUAGUCCUAUGAGUUAUCCAAAGUUGUUUCCUUUUGUUGAGAACUUUGUUCAACUCAAUGGAAGUUUCAAAGGUGAAACAAGAAAAUGAUGAAGACAUGACUUGACUGUUGAUUCUUGUUAUCUUUAGUAGUAUUAAUUAAUUUUAGAUAUUUGAAUUAGUUAGUUAUUAUAAGAAUAUCAUGAAAUUUGUGUUUCACUACUGUGUAAUCUAUUAUCUUUGUGUUUUUUUAA